GACUCAGCCUAAACAAUGUAGAGCUAGUUGAUGGAACUACACGAUCAAUGUCGUACUACUAGCAGCCCUCCGCCAAACCAGUUAAUAAGGCCAGCUUCCACCACUUUCAAUUCCCACCAAGAAUGGCGACGGCGAACCCGACGGUGGUGUUGGUUCCCGUGUGGGGCGUCGGCCACUUCCUCCCCAUGAUCGAGGCCGGCAAGCGGCUGCUGGCGGCAGCGAGCCGCGGCGGCCGGCCCCUCACACUCACGGUGCUCAUCAUGCCGGCGCCGACGGCGAAGCGCGCGUCCGAGAUCGCCGAGCACAUCCGCGACAUGGAACAGGACCAGGCAUCGGCCAACCUCGGCAUCCGCUUCCUCUACCUCCCCGCAGCGCCGCCGCCGGCCCCGGCCGCCGGAGCCGGGGCGAGCUACUCUGGCCCGGAGGAGUUCAUCUCCCUCAGCAUGCAGCAGUACACGCCCCACGUGCGGGCGGCCAUCGCCGGCCUGACGUGCCCCGUGGCCGCCGUCGUGGUCGACCUCUUCUGCACGCCGCUGCUCGACGCGGCCCGCGACCUCGGCGUGCCGGCCUACGUGUACCUCAUCUGCAGCGCCGCCAUGUGCGCGCUCCUGCUGCGCGCCCCGGCGCUCGACGACGAGUUGUCCGCCGGCGGCGGCGCCGGCGAGGACGCCCAGUUCGAGGCGGACGUGCACGUGCCCGGGCUCCCGGCGCCCGUGCCGCCGUCCUGCCUCCCGACGGGGCUGGCCGACAGGACCGUCCCUGCCUACGACUGGUUCGUCUACAACGGCCGGCGCUACACGGAAGCCGCCGGCCUCAUCGUCAACACGGUGGCCGAGGUCGAGCCACGCGUGCUCGCGGCCAUCGCCGACGGGCGGUGCACGCGCGGCGUCCGCCCCCCGCCGGUGUACACCGUGGGGCCGGUCCUUGCGGAUUUCACCUCACCGGAGCAGGAGCAGGGAGAAGAGCACGAGUGCGUGCGGUGGCUGCACGCGCAGCCGCCGCGCUCCGUCGUGUUCCUGUGCUUCGGGAGCUCGCGGCACCUCACAGCGGAGCAGGCGGGGGAGGCCGCGGUCGCGCUGGAGCGCAGCGGGCGGCGCUUCCUGUGGGUGCUGCGCGGACCGCCGGCGCCCGGCGAGAAGCUGACGUCGGACGGGGACCACCUCGCGGCGAUGCUCCCGGCGGGGUUCUUGGAGCGGACUGCGCGCCGGGGCAUGGUGUGGCCGCGGUGGGCGCCGCAGCGGGAGAUCCUGGCGCACGCCGCCGUCGGAGGCUUCGUGACGCACUGCGGCUGGAACUCGGCCCUCGAGAGCCUCGCCGCCGGCGUGCCGAUGGUGCCGUGGCCGUGGGCCGCCGAGCAGCACUACAACGCGUUCGUGCUCGCGGCCGGCGGCGUCGGGGCCGCGGUGCGCGUGGAGGUGGACAGGGGCAGGGACAGCUUCGUGGAGGCCGCGGAGCUGGAGCGCGCGAUCGGGAGCCUGUUUGGGGACGGAGAGGAAGGGAGGAAGGCGAGGGAGACAGCAAUGGAGAUGAAGGUGGCGUGCCGGACGGCGGUCGAGGAGGGUGGCUCGUCGACGGCGUCCUUGCGGAGGCUCUGCGACGCGCUCCACCGUGGCGCGGUGGCUGUGCUCCCAGACCCUGCAGGACAGUGAGGUCUGAGUUCAUGGCUCCAGACUGCAUGCAGACCGAUGUUUGGUUAAUUGAGUUGAUUUAGUAAGCUUCUUUUUUCACGACGAGCAAACAAAAUGGGAACAGAACGAGGGGAUUGGGUAUUGGGAGUAGCUUCGUUGAUUGUAUGUAAAUGUUGCUCGCUUUAAUUUGUUUGGGCUUUUCCAAGGAGGCGUUAGGUUGCUCUGGAUUCUGGAAUGCUAGAAAUAAAAUGUGGAUAGAAAAAUAGAUCCCAAAACCUCCUCUUGAUUUUUUAUUUAAAAAAGAUGUUUUUCA